UAUAUAAGCUCCUUUACUUUCCACCCCGUCCGCACCUGACAGAUUCUCCUAUUCUACACACAGGAUCACCAUCAGUCUCAGACACCAUGGCACAGCCCACACCUCUGGAAGCCUCCCUGGGAGCUCUCAUCAUGACAUUCCACAAGCACGCUGGUAGUGGAGAUGCCAAGACCCUCAACAAAAAAGAGCUGCCCAACAUUGCUGGGAAGGGUGGUCCUGAAGUGGAUGACCUGAUGACGAUGCUGGACCAGGAUGCUGACGGCUCCGUGGACUUCAAGGAGUACAUUACCCUGAUUGGAUCCCUUGCCUACGCAUACAACUGUGACCUGUUCGCUGCAGCUAAUGACUGGAACAAGCUGCAACAAACACUCAAGCUGGACAGUUUCAUCUCAAUCUCUUCGUUUAAAGAGGGUCACUCUUACUGACAGUUGUGGCUGCUUUGUGUGAUGUAUUGUUGUCUCUACCUUCUUGCCCUUUGUGCUGUUGUCUGUACCCAAUAAUGUUU